AUGAACGCUGCUGCCGCUUUCCGGGCCCGCAUGGCCACCUCCUUCGUUGCCCGCCGUGGGUUUUCCUCCACCCGCACCCAGCUCUCGAGCCCGUACCACUACGAUGAGGGUCCUCGCUCCAACAUCCCCUUCAACCCUCUCACCAAGUACUUCUUCUACAGAUACUGGGCUUUCAUGAUCACCGGUUUCGGUGCUCCCUUCGCCAUUGCUGUCUGGCAAACCUACAAGACCCGCUAA